GGGGCCGUGGCGGAGAUGUGCGCGGCGAGAGAAGGGCGCUGGGGCCGGAGGCAGCGAGCGCUGCUGUGCUGCGCGUUGGUGGCGGCGUUGGAGGCGGCGUGGGGGCAGCUGCGCUACUCGGUGCCCGAGGAGCUGCCCAAGGGCUCUUUCGUGGGCGACGUGGCCAAGGACCUGGCGCUGCAGCUGGCGGCGCUCCGCGACCGCGGCGCCCGAGUUGUGUCGGCAGAUAGGACGCGGUAUUUCGCUCUGCAUGCGAACAGCGGCCACCUGGUGACGGCGGAGAGGCUAGAUAGAGAGCAGCUGUGCCGGUUGGUGGAGCGCUGCGUGCUGCGCUGUGAGGUGAUCGUGGAGGACGAGAUGAAAGUUUACGAGAUCGAAGUGGAAAUCACAGACAUUAACGACAACGCGCCCAGCUUUGUGGAAGCACAAAAGGAACUGAGAAUGAGCGAGACGACAGCUCCAGGGUCACGUUUUCCCUUGUCUAAGGCUCACGACCCGGACGUGGGAGUGAAUUCCCUGCAGAGCUACGAGCUGAGCGGCGACGAGCACUUCUCGCUGUCCGUGCAGGCGGGAGCCGACGGCGAGAAGCGUCCCGAGCUGGUGCUGGCCAAGGCGCUGGACCGGGAGGAGGCGGCGUUUCACGAGCUGGUGCUCAUGGCGAGCGACGGCGGCGAGCCGUCUCGGACGGGCACGGCGCGCAUCCGCGUGUCUGUGCUGGACGCCAACGACAACGCGCCCGUGUUCAGCCAGGCAGUGUACGCGGUGCGCGUGCCCGAGGACGUGCCGGUUGGCUCCACGCUCCUCACCCUCACGGCCACCGACGCCGACGAGGGACUGAACAGCGAGGUUAAGUAUUCGGUGAUAAAACUGACAGCCGAAAUAACAGACAAAUUCUAUGUGGAUCCCGAGACGGGAUCGAUCAGGCUGGUGAGGAGCCUGGACUUCGAGGAAGGCGACUCCUACGAAAUGGAGGUACAGGCAGACGAUGGUGGUGGCCUUUUCGACACGUCUAUGGUCUCGAUCUCGGUGACCGACGUCAAUGACAACGCGCCCGAGAUUUCGGUGAGGUCGGCGCUGAGCGAGAUCUCAGAGGACGCGCCGUCGGGGACGGUGGUGGCCCUGCUGCACGUGCAGGACCGGGACUCGGGCGCCAACGGCGAGGUGCGGUGCUCGCUGGUCGGCGACGUGCCGUUCCGCCUGCGGAGCUCGGUGGGCAGCUACUACAGCGUGGUGACGGCGCGGGAGCUGGACCGGGAGGAGGUGUCGGAGUACAACGUGACGGUGCGGGCGGCGGACGGCGGGUCGCCGUCGCUGCGGAGCAGCGCGGUGCUGGCGCUGCGCGUGCUGGACGUGAACGACAACGCGCCGGUGUUCGUGGAGGCGCGCUACAGCGCCCGUCUGGCCGAGAACAACGCCGAGGGCGCGCUGGUGCUGACGGUGCGGGCGCGGGACGCGGACUGGGGGCAGAACGCGCGCGUGCGGUACCGGCUGGUGGAGGGUCGUGUGCGGGGCGCGCCGCUCUCGUCGUACGUGUCGGUGCAGGCGGAGACGGGCGCGCUGUACGCGCUGCGCUCCUUCGACUACGAGGAGGUGCGCGAGGUGGGGCUGUGGGUGCGGGCGGAGGACGGCGGCGCGCCGGCGCUGAGCAGCAACGUGUCGGUGCGGCUGCUGAUCGUGGACGAGAACGACAACGCGCCGCAGGUGCUGUACCCGCCGGCGGCGGCGGCGGGGGCGGCGGCGGGCGCGGUCUGGACGGGCGUGGAGCUGGCGCCGCGCUCGGCGGAGCCCGGCGCGCUGGUGGCCAAGGUGGUGGCGGUGGACGCGGACGCGGGGCAGAACGCGUGGCUGUCCUACGAGCUGGCCAAGGCGACGGAGCCGGGGCUCUUCCGCGUGGGGCUGCACAGCGGCGAGGUGCGCACGGCGCGCUCGCCGCUGGCCCGCGACGCGCCCAGGCACAGCCUGGUGGUGGUGGUGAAGGACCAGGGCCGGCCGGCGCUGUCGGCCACGGCCACGCUGACGGUGGUGCUGGCCGAGAGCGUGGCCGAGCUGCUCUCGGAGCUGGGCAGCGCGGCGGCGCCGGCCGAGCCCGCCGGCAGCCUGACGCGCUGGCUGGUGCUGGCCGUGGCGGCCGUGUCCUGCCUCUUCCUCGCCUUCCUGCUGCUGCUGCUGGCGCUGCGCCUGCGGCGCUGGCGCCGCUCGCAGCUGCUGCCGCCGGCCAGCGGCGCCUUGCGCGGCGUCCCGGCCUCGCACUUCGUGGGCAUCGACGGCGUCCGCGCCUUCCUGCACUCCUACUCGCACGAGGUGUCGCUCACCGCCGACUCGCGCAAGAGCCAGCGGCGCUGGGCGGCCGACAGCUGCUGCAACACCCUCCCGGCCCGGCCGCCGCCCGACAAGGCCGCGCCGCUGCUCGGGGAAGACGCUGCCGGCGCCCGCGGCGCACAGCCCGACGCCCUCCCGCAAGCUCAGCCUAACACAGACUGGCGCUUUUCUCAGACCCAGAGACCUGGAACGAGUGGCUCCCAGAAUGGAGAGGAAGGUGGAGCCUGGCCGAACAACCAAUUUGACACGGAGAUGCUGCAAGCCAUGAUCCUGGCAUCGGCAAACGAGGCUGCUGACGGCAACUCGACGCGGGGGGGCACGGGCACCAUGGGCCUGAGCGCCCGCUACGGCCCCCAGUUCACCCUGCAGCACGUCCCCGAUUACCGGCAGAACGUCUACAUCCCGGGCAGCACCGCCACCCUCACCAACGCCGCCGGCAAGCGCGAUGCCAAGGGCGCCGGGUCCUCAGGCGGCAACAAGAAGAAAUCCGGGAAGAAGGAGAAGGAGAAGAAGUAGAGAGGAGACCUCAGAGCGUCAGGGCAGCGCGCUCCAGCACUCCCCCAAAACACAGGAGGACGAAUGUGGAUUUUAUUUUAUUUUUUAACGAUUUUUUUUUUGGUGAUGCAAAAGUUAGGAAGCGCUGCGAAUGUAUCAUCAUCAUCAGAGCUAGGAGCAGGGUGUCUCUGCUGUUAGAUCUCAUGAUGAAAACCAAUCCGGAAAAUGAAAGCUAACGCAAACAAGUGCCCUGUUAAUACUAGCCAACGUUUUAUACGACCCCUCGGGUAUUAGAAUAUGCAAGGUGGAAGGGCUUCUGCCAUGUCUUCGGACUUGAUUUGUUCCCAGAUUGUCCGAGAAAGGCACAAGGCUUGUGCUCGGCUUUGUCCAGUGUAAAUAAUUUUAACAGCGAUCUUUUAAUUUAUAGACCUUUGAUCAUUUUUGGAAAGAAAAAGCAACUUCCUAGCCUAGAACCCAUGCUCCAGAUUUUUUGCUCUUUAACUUUCCUGUAGCGAAAUUCACCCUGAGCUAGUCAUAGCAGUGGAUUUGUUGGUAAGGAGUGCUUCGGUUCCUGUUUACCUGUUACCCCCCCCCCCAAAAAAAAAGAAAAAAAACAAGUGUUUAUAUUGCAUGAAUCAAAGGGAACAAUGCAGAGCUGCAUCCUAAACAUUUAUUUUUUUUUAAGUGCAACCGGCGAUGGCCUGAAAAAUGAGAUAAAAACUCCUGGUGUCUGAGCAGGAGGGAAUUCAGCGCGGGGCUCCUGAGGUGCGCACAGCUGCCCCGGCGGUUCUGGGGGUCUCUGAAGAGCAGACACAUCUCAUCCCUCUUUUGCAGUAAAUAUUUAUAUGUACAGUAAAUGUCCUUUUGGAAUUAAAGCUAAGGGAGUCACAGCCCCCCCGCGGCAGGCUCCUUCCACCCAUGAGGGGGGGCCGGGGGCCUGCCCACGUCUCCCCCCGUCGCUCCUGCAUGCCCGUCACUGGCGUCACGCCUGCAGCAGCACACUGUGCUCCACAGACCCCGGGGUGUCCUCGCAUGCCCACGCAGCUCGGGGUAAAGGCACCGGUGGAGGCGCCGUGUCUGUCUGGGGCUGGGGGGGUCACCGUUUUGUACUGGGGCGGGGGUGUUGGGUACUGAGUAAGUGACAGUUGGCGCAGUGGCACCUGGGGACACAACCCAGGCCAGGGACCAGCAAGCUGGGGGUGAGUGCGUGGUGUCCCUGCAAAGGGGGGUGCAGCUGGCACCAGGAGGGUGGAGGUGGCGCUGGCUUUGGGAUUGCCGCCCCGCAGAGGGAGCAGGAGGAUGAGGAAUAGGAUUUCUCCACACUGCGCACCUUUCAAGCAAACCCAGCCCGGAGAAGGGUCCCGGUGGCCUCAGCAGCACUGCCCGUGCCACCCACUGCUCGGGGCACCCCAAGCUUCCCGUUUCAGAGCAGUCAUGGGCGCCCGUGUGGGCAGAGAGGGGCUUUUGGUACCCAGAGGUGGGGAGGCUGUAGCCACCUCGGGAUCUGCUCAGUUUCCUGCGGGUUCCUUUUUCUCUUUUUAAUCACUAACACAUAACUCACCCGAGCAGGUCCAGCCCCGCACAGGAUGCUCACGGCGCCCCGUCCACCUCCACGGCUGCAGGGAGCAGCCCCCACCCCUAGUGCCGCUUCCACAGGCCCACGUAGCUGCCACGUCCGCUCUAGAAACGCUGUAGCUGAAUCGUAGUCUUUAUAUUUCUUUUUAAUCUGCAAGCUGAAGGUAGUGUAGUGAGUGUCGUGUAUUUAGUGACGUGUUAUUUUUAUCUCGGUAACUAACUUGUGGACACCAGUAUUUUCGAUUUCUCUGUAUCUUCUUUCCAUGUGGUCUGUGCUCCGAGUGUACGUGAGAUGAAACACGUUUGCCCCCUCAAUGUGUCUAAUAUUGAAUUAUACUUAUAUAUUAUAUAUAUGCUUAUAUCCUUCUUAUACCCAUAUAGACCAACGUCAAUGUGUUACACGCAAGUUUUAUACUCUAAUAUUUAUAUUGCUUUUUUUCUUUGGGAAAAAAAAAUAAUAAAAUGGUUUCUUCUG